UGUGUGUGUUUAUAAGUUGUUUAACGUUUCCAGGCGUUCUGUCGGCACACCUUUAAUUUGUCUUUUAAAUAUUAUACGUAACAAAAAAGAAGCAUUAGAAAUUUUACAAUUCUUCCACUCUGACAUUAUUAGAAAAACUCUUUUUCACAUUCAAGUGUCAUUCGAUUAUGGAUAAACAUGUAAACACAAAAUUGAGGUACGUUUGUUUUUAAAAGCGGCUUUUCAGGUUAUGUUUCACAAGUUCGGUGUAUUAUUUUUCAUCACGCAUUAAAAAUAUCACCUCAACAUUAUUAUUUUUCAAAAUCAUCACACAGUAAAUAAAAAGUGUUUUACAUUAUUGUGUCAAAGUUACAAUUAUUCAUGUUAACGGACUCAUUAAAUAAGUUCAUCGCUUUUAAAUGGACGUGUAUGAAUGACAGGAAAAUCAUUUCUUCAUUACGAUGCUUUCUGGUGACGGAAAUAUUAAUUUCAAGGACCUGAAUCAUGCAGACGAAGAAGCACGAGAUUCAGGGAAAAACAGCAAGCUACGUCAUAGAAAAGCAAGAAAUUCUCUAUUGGAAAAAAUGGUUGGUUCAGGAAGUGGAGAGCCACUUGAACAGAAUGUCGAGGACAUUAAAAUGGAAUUGGAGAUCGACUCGGAGAGCGAAAGCAUUGACGAGGACACGCAACGACUGAUACCGACCAGUUUACCAAAAGUCGAUGUUAAAGGCCUUAAUCAUAAUAAUUCUGUGAAUAAAACGACAGACAAUUUAUAUCAAAAUGAUAAGGACGAGAGUGUCUGGUCCAUUUCUAUUCAAAUGUUUAUACCUUUUUUACUUGCUGGAUUUGGAAUGGUGGCGGCAAGUUUGCUGCUCGACGUUGUACAGCACUGGGAGGUCUAUCAGAAUGUAUCGGAAGUGUAUAUACUCGUUCCUGCCUUGUUAGGUUUAAAAGGCAAUUUAGAAAUGACAUUAGCGUCACGUCUUUCGACGCAGGCAAAUCUGGGUCAUAUGGACACAAGGAGUCAGCAAUGGACAUUAAUUGUCGGCAAUCUUGCAUUAAUACAAUGUCAGGCAAUGGUUGUCGGUAUGCUGGCGUCAUUGGCCGCCGUCGCUUUGGGAUGGUUACCAGAAGCGAAAUUCGACAUUCAUCAUGGCCUUAUUCUUGGAGCAAGUGCACUGGUCACUGCCUCGGUUGCGAGUUUUGUUCUUGGACUCGUCAUGUCCGCGGUUAUUCUCCUCUCGCGGCAAAUGAACAUCAAUCCAGACAAUGUAGCGACUCCGAUUGCAGCAUCCUUGGGAGAUUUAACGACUCUUGCUCUACUCUCUUGGAUUGCUUCACUUUUGUACAAUGCGAUAGGUACAGCGCCUUGGAUUGCGCCAACUUUAAUUGUAAUUUGCCUCUUUUUGACUCCACUAUGGGGUUAUAUUGCUGCGAAAAAUCCCUUCACCAAAGAAGUAUUGAAUGACAGUUGGACGCCAGUGAUUUUAGCUAUGAUAAUUAGUAGUUUCGGUGGACUUAUUUUGGAUUAUACAAUUUCAAAUUAUAAAGGUAUCGCUGUCUUUCAAUUGGUUAUAAAUGGCGUUGGUGGGAAUCUCGUUGCCGUCCAAUCAAGUAGAAUUUCCACCGAUCUUCAUAAACAACAAGGAAUGGGAAUUCGAGAGAUGCCAAAAAUUUGUGUCAGUCCGUUUCAUGUAUUUUUUGCUGCAGGAGGACACGCGAGAACAGCAAGAGUUCUGUUAAUGAUGGUGAUACCAGGGCAUUUAAUCUUCAGUUACACUAUCAGUUAUUUACAAGCGGGUCAUACAUCCUUUACGCCUAUUUUUCUCACUAUUUACUUGAUAUGCGCAUUUUUGCAGGUUAUAUUAUUGUUGUACAUUGCUCAAUUAAUGGUCGUUUGGAUGUGGACAAAAGGAAUGGAUCCCGAUAAUUCAGCGAUACCGUAUCUAACGGCAGCUGGUGAUCUUAUCGGAACAGCUUUUCUCGGUAUUGCAUUUCAUAUUCUUAAUGCUAUUGGUGAUGGUGACUCGGACGUUGGUGAUUGAAUGAAUGAAAUAUUUUUUUAUUACUCUCUCUCGAUUGUACUGGACAUAUCUUUACUUCUCGUAAAAAUGUUAUAUUAGUCUUUUAAAAAGAAAGAAACAAAACGAUAUUUAUUUAUUAUAUUCCAGUUUUUGACGAUAUUUGUCUUGAAAGUAGGAUUUAUGUGAACCAAUUUAUUUUAUUCAUAAAAAAAGAGGUGCUAUAUUGUCUAAAGAAGUUUAAUCAAUUUCUUUUUUUUUACGAAAGAAUAUUUUUGAUAGAAAUUUUUGGACAAAAAUAAUUUGUUUUUGCUGAAGGAAUACAGUUAAAAAAAAUUAAUUAGAUAAGAUAGCACUCGAUAGUUGGAAAUUUAUUUUAGAAAUUUGUUUUCUAAUUGUCAGUGUAAUAUGAUUUUUUAACUCUUGUGAGUUUAAUAAGUCAAUUUUGCAUGUGUACUUAUAAAUUGUCUUAGGUAUUUUUUUUUUUGAAAAAGGAACAAUUUUUAUUGCUUCUUAAGAUUUAAUCUUUUGAGCAGGAUAUUUUUAUUCGAAAUAUUAUGAUUGUAAUAUUAUAUAUAAUAUAAUGUUUUUGUUUACUUGGAUUUAGUAAGUUGUUUAAAUAUUUAGUUAUUUACAAUUUACAUCUAUUCUUUAAGUAUUAUUAUGUGAAUUAUGUGAAUGUAGACAUUUUUGAUUGUUUUCAAUUUGUGUCACUUUCAAUUUUAUUACAUUUAUGUGCCAUUUUCAGGCCAGAAGAAAUUAUAACUUUAUUAAAUAAAAGUUGGGUAAGAAUUCCUGAAGUGGGCCCCUAUUUUUCAUUGGGUCGGUGGAUUUUUCUCAUUCUUAUAUGUUUCGAUAGCCUAUGAUGGCAUAAUA